UUUCGCGUUAGUUUUUCAACAUGGCGGUCCACCUCCGGCUCCCAACGGCCGUUUUGCUGUUAGUCUGCAGCGGGGUUUUAAGUUUUCCUGUUGGCCAGGAGAAAAGAGACACCACCUGCGGAUACCAGUCAUGUCAUGCCACCAAGUCCACCAUGCUGAAUGUCCACCUGGUCCCUCACACACACGACGACGUGGGCUGGUUGAAGACCGUGGACCAGUACUUCUAUGGAGAUCGUAACGACAUCCAACACGCUGGCGUUCAGUACAUUCUGGACUCGGUGGUGGAUCAGCUGUUAAAGAAUCCAGACAGGCGGUUCAUCUAUGUUGAGACGGGCUUCUUCUACCGCUGGUGGAAGCAGCAGAGCUCCAGCAUGCAGCAGAUGGUCAAACAACUGGUCAACGAAGGACGGCUGGAGUUUGUGAACGGUGGCUGGUGUAUGAGCGACGAGGCCACCACGCACUACAGUGCUGUCAUUGACCAGAUGACCAUCGGGCUGAGGUUUCUUAAUGAGACCUUCGGGAUCUGUGGUCGCCCCCGCGUCGCCUGGCACAUUGACCCCUUUGGUCAUGCUCGUGAACACGCCUCUAUUUUUGCACAGAUGGGAUAUGAUGGCUUCUUCUUUGGUCGCCUGGACUACCAGGACCGGAAUCGCAGAAUGAAGGUGAAGGAGCAGGAACUUCUCUGGAGAGCCUCUGACAGUCUCACACCACCGAUGGCUGACCUCUUCACUGGAAUUCUUCCCAAUGGAUACAACCCUCCUGAGGGAUUCUGCUGGGACCAGCUCUGCAGUGACGCACCAAUCAGAGACGACCCUGAUCUUGAAGAUUAUAACGUGGAUGAUGUUGUCUGGCGCUUCCUUCACGCCGCCAAGAGUCAGGCUCUAGUGUAUAAGACCAAUCACAUCAUUAUGACCAUGGGCUCAGACUUUCAAUACGAGAACGCCAAUCUGUGGUACAAGAACCUAGACAAGCUGAUCCGCUACGUCAACGCCCAACAGACCAAUGGGAGCAACGUCAAUGUGCUCUAUUCUACUCCAUCCUGCUACUUGCAGGAGCUGCACCGAGUAAACCUCACUUGGUCUUUGAAGACGGAUGAUUUCUUUCCCUACGCGGACAAUGCUCAUAACUUCUGGACAGGAUACUUCACAAGCCGACCAGCGCUGAAACGUUACGAAAGGAUCAGCAACAGCAACCUGCAGUCUUGUAAUCAGCUGGAGGUUCUGGGUGGUCCAGUUUCCAGGAAAGGUAUUUUUGGACUGGGUGACAGCGAGACUUUGAGAAAAGCAAUGGCUGUGGCUCAGCACCAUGAUGCAGUGUCAGGAACAGAGAAACAACACGUUGCAAAUGACUAUGCCAAGAGGCUAGCCAAAGGCUGGCAACACUGCCAGGUUUUGGUCAGUAACAGUUUGGCUUCUCUCACCGGCUCCUCUGCUGAAAGAAUCUACUGUGAUAACCUCAACGUCAGCAUGUGUCCUCUUACUGAGUCCAGCAAAAAGUUCUCUGUCAGCGUGUACAACCCUUUGGGGCGGACUGUCACUUGGCCGGUCAGGCUGCCGGUCAAUGGAACAGCGUACAGCAUAACUGACACUCAGGGCAAAUAUGUGGACUGUCAGGUGCUUCCAGUUUCCAGAGCCACUCAGGAAGUGAGGAGGAAUCGGGGCUUUGCUAGCAAUGAACUGGUGUUCCAGGUUCAAGCUCCUCCUCUGGGCUACAGCACAUAUUCUGUGUCCCUGCUUAAGGACCAACCAUCGUCAUCUUUACUUCCACACGGGGCCCCUACAGUCAUCCAGAAUAAGUUCCUGCAAGUGACCUUUGACCCUGACACUGGCCUCAUGACCGGUUUGACCAACCUGGAAACCAAACAGACCAUAAAGCUUACGCAGAAUUUCUACUGGUACAAUGCCAGUGACGGCAACAACUAUGAGAGUCAGCAGACCUCUGGAGCCUACAUCUUCAGACCGAACUCCUCCACACCUUUAAUGGUCAACAGUAAGGCCAAAGUGGAGAGCUUUCAGAACUCAGUGGUGCAGGAGGUGCGGCAGUGGUUUGCUCCAUGGGUGUCUCAGGUGGUCCGUCUUUAUUCUGAUAGCAAAGCUGUGGAGCUGGAGUGGACGGUCGGUCCUGUGCCGGUAAAUGACAAACAAGGGAAGGAAGUGAUCACUCGUCUGGACACCAGCAUUAAAACCUCUGAAUUUUUCUACACCGACUCCAACGGCAGAGAGGUCUUGCAGAGAAAGAAAGACUUCCGUCCUACUUGGCAGCUGAAGCAGACCGAGCCCAUUGCUGGAAAUUACUACCCCAUCAACUCUCGUGCCUUUGUAAAGGAUGACAUGGACCAACUCACAGUAGUGACAGAUCGCUCACAAGGAGGAGGGAGCAUAUACAAUGGAUCUCUGGAGAUCAUGCUCCACCGCCGGCUGCUGUAUGACGACUACAGAGGUGUUGGUGAAGCUCUCGAUGAGAAAUCUGAAAUCUUCCCACACGGACUGGUAGUCCGCGGUCGCCUCCUCCUCUCCCUCGAGCGUCCUGCAAGCGCUGCAGACGCACACCGUCCCCUGGCCCAGGAGGUCGUGUCACAGCCACUCCUGUCAUUUACUGAUGGAGACCUAAACCAGAACGCUCGACUGGAGUUUUCAGGUCUUCAGGCUUCGCUUCCUCCUGCUGUCCAUCUCCUGACACUGAGUCAAUGGGACAAGGAGUCAGUCCUGCUGAGGCUGGAGCAUCAGUUCCAGAGCUGGGAGAGCAAAGUCAACUCUCAACCCGUCACAGUCAACCUUCAGAAGAUGUUUUCCACUCUGGAUGUUCUGGGUGUUUCUGAGCUGAACCUUUCGGCCAAUCAGUGGAAAGAUGAGAUGAGGCGUUUUGAUUGGACUCCCGAGAAAGAAGAGAAGCCCUUGCCGAAGACGUUUGAGGAUCUCUCUGUGUGGGAAAUCACCUUGAGGCCGAUGGAGAUCCGAACUUUCUUACUCAGGGUCACGUUUAAAUAACCAAUCACGAGCAUCAAAAUGAUAGAAUUACGGAUAAAUGUCCGUCUGUCCCAAACUGAGGGCUUCUUGAAUAUCACCUAAAUCUACAGGAAAGGGAUGUAGCUUAUAAAAUAAGUUGCAUUUAUACCUGUCUUUUUUUUACUUUUCCUCUAGGGACGGGCAUUUACAGGAAAAAUACAAAUUGAAGAUUAUUAGCACACUUAUUGAUCACAUUGUUUUUCAUAGAUGAGCUGCUUCUCAUGGUUGCUACCACAGCAGCCAAACUGCGACACACACCGUUGUACAGGACUUGUCCAGAGGCGUAUAAUUUAAGUAGCUCUUUUAGCCUCUUUUCCCAGAGGUUUUUCCACUGUCCCUUCUUUAAAUUCACAUCAGAUUAAUGACAUCUUCAGAAGCUGCUGCAGCCACCAAUACACAAAUUUGGCUUGGAAGAAACACAUCUGGUCAACUCGAAUGGAGAUGAAUUAGUGGCAGGCUACAACCUCUAGAGCAGCCUUCUUCUAAAAUGUAUUACAGUAUUUUAUUUUUAUGUCAAAAGGUAUUAAAAUAUCAGUGUUUUUGGCUGUAAAUCUCACAGUUUACAACCAGGGCCCCACAAAAAACGUUUAUAUGAUCAAAAAGCUACUUCACCACAAAUACAAAUGUGCUGGUAAACAGUAAAUACUUCCAUUCUACAUUUAAAAACAUAAAUAAUAUUUAUCGAGGUUGUCAUGGAACAGUGGAAAAUUCAUUUCAACAGAAAAUUUAACAAUUCCUACUAUUCUAGCAGUUCUUGCGGUCUACAAUCAAUUACAUGAACCAGUAGAAUGUUCCUGUUACCGCCACCUUGUGGUAGCAGCGAAUCAUUACAACUAGAUGGCUGUAAACGCCCACUGAUCUUCGUUGAAACUGGUUGAAAUCACGAUGGAACCAUUGCUUCCACUAUGAAUGUAGGAAUGACAACACUGACUUAUACUGACUUAUAUCCCCUCCAUUGACACAUUUAUGACUGACCUGUCUGCACUGGAUCAUGAUGCACUAUUAACAGACAAUUCAAAGCCCACUUUUCAUAUUUUAUUUUGGUUGCAAAUAUAAACAAAAUGCACACAGUGUUUCAUCUACACCAGAACCACUUGAAGAAUCCUGUCAGGUUUCAACUGCAGUUGAGUUUCAAGGGCCAAACCGUGGUGAAAUUAUCCUUAAUGAAAGACUGCAUUUAUCUGUGGGUUCUGUCAGUCAAAAACCAAAUAAACCAAUGAUUUGGUUUUUUCCUGAUAGAGGACAUGAUCUACACAUAAAUCCAUGCAAUAAUACAAUUUGUUUAAUUAGAUCCAUAUUUAAAGUAACAGAAUAAAGAUUUUUUUUUCCUCUGAAUUCUUCAGACUUGGAAAAUAAAAUAUUUCAGAACACUGCUGGAACACACUUUGUACAUUCCUGUUAUUUCACCUUCAUUUACUACAAACAGGGCAGCUGAGGGAUAUUCUCUAUUCAAAUCUCUAUUCCUUAUCUUCUGCACUGUGAAAUUUAUGUGCAUUUGUAAACAAAUCAAAGAAGCAAGUACAGGAUAUCACCAACUGGUGCCAAAUUAUCCUGAACAUGUGUAAUAAAUAACUUUUUUCUCUAGUCAUGUAUGUAUAUGUUUUUUACUGCUCAACAAGCAUCUUCUUAUAAAAAAAAAAAUGUAAUUUACAUCUGAUGUUAUUCUUGGUGCCUCCCAUAUUUUAACAUCUGAGUUUAUGUACAUGCUGCUGUUGGUGGAGACCGUUUCAAAUGAUCCGAAUCCCUUCAGACGUUUGUCUCUGAAGUCUCAAUAAAAAAUAAAGCUUUCAUUAAAAGCUGA